AUGAAGGUUCUCUAUUGGAAUAUUAGAAGGAUUAAGAAGGCUGCCGCAAGGUUCACAUUGAGGAAUAUCUUAAGAGAUAAAAAUCCAGAUUUUUUGUGUAUUGCUGAGCCUAUGGUUUCUGCUGAUGCGUUUCCUAGGCUGUUUUUUAACAGGCUAGGCUUUGACCCUGACUUUAUCCAUAAUGAAAGAGUUGGUGGCAUUCCAAAUUUAUGGCUGCUUUGUCGUCGAGGUGUGGCAAGGCCUAUGGUGCUAUCAUCCUCAGAGCAACACAUUUCUGUUUCGGCUCAAUGGAUUCAGGAUACUGUUUUUCUCUCUGUGGUGCACGCUAAGUGUUUCCGAGCUGCUAGAAGACUACUGUGGGUUGACCUAGUGGCUUCCCAUCCCGGGACGUCUACCCCUUGGAUGAUUUUGGGAGACUUCAAUGCCACUCUUCUCUCCUCAGAAAAAAGGGGGCUUGGUUCCUAUAAUCUAGGAUCAGCAGGAGAUUUUGGAGCUUUUGUGGAUACAUGCUCGCUGAUUCAAGUCCCUUCCCAGGGUAGAAAAUUCACAUGGACCAAUAAUAGGAGAAGAGGGCAUGUGGCGGCUGUGCUCGACCGAAGCUUCUGCAAUGAUGCCUGGAUCUCGCAGUUUCAAGAAUGUCACCAGUAUGUUUUGCAAAGGGUGGCUUUAGAUCAUGCCCCCAUUCUAGUUGUGUCUGAAGCUUCUGAGAGGCCAAAAAAUUGCCCUUUCCGAUUCAGAGGUUCUGGAUGGAUCAUGAUGCUUUUCUUCAUACAGUUGAGAGAUCUUGGGAGGUUGACAUCACUGGCUCGCCAUUGGUGUAUGAAGGAUAUUCAGACUGAAAUUGAUAGAGAUGGUAUAAACGAUGUGGUUUUUGCAAAAGAGGCGGAUGCUACGACUAGGUAUCUCAAGGCUCUUGAAAAUUAUGAAAAGUUAUGGGCAGAAAAAUCUCGAUCCAGGUGGAGGGAACAAGGUGACAGAUGCUCUAAAUUUUUUCAUAUCUCUGUGAAGAUGAGAAGAUUAAAAAAUUCCAUCAAGGCCCUGAAGAAGGAUGAUGGGGCGCUGAUUUCUGACAAGGUGCAAAUUGAGGAAUACGUUUCUGAAUACAUUGAGUUUUUUCAUAAAUGUACCCCUCAAACUGAUCACAUAGAAUUAUUGCAAUGUAUUCCAAAUACCCUGAAUGAUUGGGAUAGGGGGCGGCUGGAUGAUAUGCCUUCAGAGGCAGAAAUUAAAAAUGCAGUGUGUUAUCUUGAUCCUAACAGCGCCCCAGGUUCGGAUGGUUUCCUUGGAGCUUUUUAUAAAGCCUGUUGGGAAAUUAUAUAUUCUGACAUCUGUAGAGCCAUUAGGUGGUUUUUCAGAACUGGUUUCAUGCCCUAUGGUAUUAAUAAUAAUUUUAUGGUUUUAAUCCCUAAAGUAGAGGGGGCGUUAUCUCUGGACAAAUUCAGGCCUCUGUGUAUGGGAAAUUUCUUGUGUAAAAUUAUCUCAAAGGUUCUGGCCCUGAGAUUGUCGCGGGUUCUCCCUAAAUUAAUUUCUGAGGAACAAGGGGCCUUCCAGAAGGGGAAGAUCAUUCACUCAAAUAUUUCUUUGGCUUCCGAGCUGGCCAAUAUGAUGUUUGCAUCUACCAGAGGAGGAGGUAUGGGUCUAAAAAUAGACAUUCAGAAGGCGUUCGACUCCAUUUCAUGGAAUUUUAUCUUCCAUGUCUUGAGAAGAUUUGGUUUUUCUGAAAAGUGGAUCUCUUGGAUCUAUCAGAUUCUUGCAUCUACCAGGAUCUCAGUUUUUCUUAACGGUGGCCCGGUUGGGUACUUUGGCGUUGAAAGGGGUCUGCGUUAA